AUGCAGCAAUCCCAUGAUAUCACACUUACAACCGGCCUGGCCCAUCUCCAAUUGAACCCAUCUCAUCAUUACCAUGCCUCCGCUGCUUUUGCUCCGCAGCCUCCUGUUAGGCAAGAUAGUUUUCAAUAUCAAUCCUUGGACACCCAACUAAAUGGAUCCCAGCAACAACAGCAAACACGGCAUGGGAUGACGGGAGAGGAACUCGAAGAGAUGGAGGAUCGAAGACGUAUGCAACAACAGAUCCUACAAGACAAGCUAACCCGAGAAGAACGUAAGCAGAGUCCAAAUACAAGUGCCAAGAUGACAACUAACGAAGGGUUUGGAAUGGGUACGUUUGAUAUGUCUGAUUCGUUGGCAAUUGUGGAAGAUCUGCUGGAUUACUUUGGAGAAGAUGAUUUAACAUUUGAAGGUGGAGAGCUAUUCAACGAAUCGCAACUCAUUGAGGCGGAGCGGACACAUCUGCGGCGUGAAUCGCUUGUGCGUCACUUGUAUGAUUCUGAAGAAGACUAUCUACGAUCGCUGCAAGAGAUUCAAUCUUGUUAUCGCAAACCUCUGCUACGAAAUUUACAGCAGAUUGAGGACAAUAAGAAGUCAGGAGGCUUGUUAUCUUCGUCCUUAAGCAAGAUUGUGGCGACGAAGCAGGAAAUCGACACCAUGUUUGGCAAUUUAGGCAGCCUGAUUGAGUUUCAUGAAGAGAUUCGCUCCUUACUGGAGGAACGAUCCAGAAUCUGGGGGCCAACUCAGAUCAUAGGUGAUUUAUUGAUCAGCGUGAUCCCGAAAUUUAAGAUUUAUAGCAUGUAUUUCCUGAAUUUUCAUCAUGCCUUGACAGUCCUUGAUCGCAUCUCACGGGGAGCACAGUAUAAAAAAUUUAUGGAGCAAUGUGUCUCUGAUAACCCAUCAGGCACAGCUAGUCUUCAUCUAAUGCUCGCGACCCCAUUGCGACGUCUUUCAACAUUCAGAGAUAUGAUUAACGCACUCUGCCAGGCAACCUCGGCAUGCCAUCCGGACUAUUUGAAUUUAAUCCGGGCAUCUGAUAUGAUCAACGUUGUGGCAAAUGAGCUCCAGAAUGAGCAAUAUAUGGCUCAGGAUCAAUUGGCAUUAUGGGACAUUCAAUCGACCAUGGUAAAUUUACCAGAGCCUAUCAUGAUUCCAGCUCGACGACUCAUUCUGAGAGCAGAUCUGCAUAAAGUUGACUCGUCGUUAGCACUUGAGCCUAGGACGUAUUACUUGAUGAACGAUGUUCUAUUGUAUGCGCGUUUUGAUCCCAAAAAGAAUAUUUAUACAUUCAAGGGCAUGUUUGACCUAGCAAAGACACAAAUCAAUAAUCCUGAAGAUAAUGUCACCCUUCCUCAGCUGCCCAAUUGUAUUCAGAUCGCUAAUGCAGGACGCAAACAAAUGAUGCGUUGCAGGAGCCGAGAUGAGCGUGACUAUUGGAUGGAAACGAUGCGCAGGGUCGUCGAGAUUAUUAACAAGAACAUAGAUAAUCCCUCCAUGGCUGUAGGUGAUCUCCUUCCUCUGCGCAAGUACGCCAACUCAAUUGCUUCUGACUCAUCACUGUCGUUGGGCUAUUACCCUGGCGUGACAUCGGGAUCGACCAAAAGUGUAGGCAACAGCAGCAACGGAAAUACUUUUAUGGAUUCAAGAUCUAUCACGUCGAAAUCAUCAAAUGAAACUGCAUCAACAGGUGCAUCCAAACCAAGGAAGCCGAACCCACAGGCCGACUUUUAUGGGUGUUCAUUUGGCAAGGAUGUCACAGUAUCGACCAACGAGGAUAAUUACAAACCAAGCCCUUUAGCGCUGAACAAGGCCAUGGCUAACAACCAGUCGUCCUCGACUGUUUCAUCGGGGGCAAGCAGCACUACAGCGACUAGUACGAAUGGCCAAUCUUUGGGAGCCAUGUUAGCAGCCAUCCCUCAGGAAGAAUUAACGCCCAAGCAGGCGAAGGCUAAGGCAGCAUUGGCAGCGGCAGUGGAGGCUAGGCGGCAGGCUCGUUUGAAACAAGAAAUGAAAAAUGGAGGGUCUACAGCCAAGAAAGAGAUGGACAAAAAUGUCAGUCUGGAUUUCUCAAGUUCUUUUAUCCCAGCCAAAGCACGACUUGGAAAGUCAUGA